GGGAGAAAGAAAAGUUUCUGCUCCGCCCUUGUGGGCCGGACUGUUGCCUGGGGCAACGGCUCCAUGACCAACCGGCGCGCGGCGGCGAGCCGCGGCGGGCCAAUGGCGCGCGCCGGUGGGCGGAGCUGAAGUCUCCUUGGGCCCCCGUGCCGAGGCCUAGUUCAGUUUGACCCGGCCUCGGGCGCCAUGGGCGGCGGUGAGAGCGUUCCCCGGAGGGUCACCUUCGAGGCGGACGAAAACGACAACAUCACGGUGGUGAAGGGCAUCCGGCUCUCCGAAAAUGUCAUCGAGCGGAUGAAAGAGCCAUCUUCUCCUGGCGGAAAAUCUCAGAAGAAAUUUGGAUCUAGCAAUCAUACCUCCAUUGGUGGAGCUGCAGUCAAUGAAGAAGAACUGAAGAAAAGAAUAGCUGAAGAAUUGGCCUUGGAACAAGCGAGGCGAGAGGCUGAAGCUCAGAAAAGAUUAAAACAAAGCCAAUCGUCCGUCCAAGAUGAAUUGGCGAAAGCCCUUGACCGGGAGAGGGCUGCGUCCAGCGAGCAUUUGGCUAGGGCCGUCCUGCGCGAGAGAGCUUCCGCCGAAGACGAACGCAUGAAGUCACAGCUCCUGGCCAAACAGCUAGAAGAAAAGGAAAAGGAGCUGAAGAAACACGAGACUUACUACAAGGAGCAGCUGAACCGCCUGGAAGAGAGGAACUGAUGGGAAGAACCCUCUGACCUGGGCCGGCUGAG